CGAAGCGCCUUUUCCUUUGACCCUCGGCGGACGCCGUCGUCCAGGGGCCAACAUGGCGGCUGUCGCCUGACUUGAAACUUUUACCGGAGAAACUUUUGACGCCAAAAAAAUGUUGUUUUCGCGUCUGUCAGCGGGAUCUACGGAGCUCAAUCCGCCAGGUUUCCACUUUACAUCGGAUAUCAGAUGAAACCGCGACGGGGACGUGUGGAGAUGUGAUCCGUUUGGCGGUGUUUACGCGGCUUCUUCCGGCUCGCCGACUUUUAACCUGGAAUAAACUUCAAAUUAUAAUAUUUUUUUAAUUUUUUUAAAAUAUCUAAUUCGGACUUUAGGGACUCGAGGGGACAUAUGUGGCGGUUUGUGCGGUACUGCGUGAGCCGCGGGCUCCGCGCCGUGAGCGGCCAGGGGUCCGGGGCGGUCACGUGGUCCACCCUGGUCACGUGGUUGGGGUACCUGUCCGGGCUGGCCCUGGUGCUGGCGCCGGUGCUGGCCCUGCAGGCCCGCUGGGCGGCCCCCGUGCUGGCCCUGGCCCUGCUGGUGCCGGCGGCCGCGGGGCUGCUGCACGCCCGGUUCGGGCUGGAGCGGCUCGGGCCGGGGAUGGUCUACCUGUGGUUCGGGUUCCUGCUGGGGCUGCUCUGCUUCCAGGGCCCGGAGGGGCGGGGGGGCCCGGGGGGCCCCGGCCCUGGGGAGCGGGCCGCAGGACUCCUGCUUCCCGCCGGCGUGGCCCUCAGGACGGUGUGGUUGCUGCUGGACCGGGUCCUGGGGACGGAGGGAAAAGAACCGCUGUUUAUGAGGAGUCAGAAAGAGAGGACCAGGCAGCGGCCGGCGCUGCUCACGUCUGCGGAGCAGCUGGUCCUGCUGGGCUUCAGCGCGGCCAGCGCGGCGCUGCUGGUGCCGGCCGGCCUGAGCGUGGCGGUGCUGGUGUCGGCCCUGGCCGCCGUCAUGGUGGCGCUGCGCAUGAAGGUGCUGCUGGCGCUGCCCGGCCUGGCCUGCUUCGCCGCCGUGGCCGGCCUGCAGUUCUUCCCCGCCCUGGGCGUGGCCACCGACCCGGCGGCGCUGGCCUGCUUCUUCAGCCUGCUGCUCUGCGAGCCGCUGCUGGACGUGGUCUUCAGCGGGCUGUCGGUGACGGAGCGCUGGCAGCCCUACCUGGCCCGCCGGGCCCUGUGGAGACGCCUGUCCCUGCUGCCGCUGCUGCUGCUGGAGCUGCUCUUCGUGGCCCUGGCGGCCCGGAAACCGUCCCACUCGGACCGCUGGUACGUGCUGGUCCCCGGGUUCGUGCUGUGCCUCGUCUUCUGGGCCAUCUGCCACACGGUGUUCGUGAUCACGGCGUGGGGCUUCCACAGCAAGCUCAGCGACUGCCAGCGGCUGUGCCUGUCCCAGGGGCCCGACGGCACGAGUCUGGACAAGGUCAUGGCCUCCCGGGGCAUGAGACACUUCUGCCUGAUCUCCCAGCGGCUGGUGCUCUUCUCCUUGGUGUCCACCGGGGCCGUGGCUGCGCUCUGUUGGCAGGCGUCCAGCAGCAUCUUCGUGAGCGUGUUCCUGCUGGUGCUGCCGCUGGAGUCUCUGUUCCACGGACUCUUCUACGAGCUCGGCAACAGCCUGGGCGGGACGUGCGUGGGCUACGCCGUCGUCAUCCCCACCAACUACUGCAGCCCCGACGGCCAGCCCACGCUGCUUCCCCCCGGGCAGGUGCACGAGCUCAACAAGCGCUCCACCGGCAUGCUGAGCAGCGUGCAGCGCUUCUUCGCUCAUCACAUGAUCGAGAACCACGGCUGCGACUACUCCACGAGCGGCGUGACGGCGGAGGCCCUGCAGGCCCGGAUCAAGGCCUUCCUGGAGCUCCGCACGGCCGACGGGCCUCGCCACGACACCUACGUCGUCUUCUACAGCGGACACACGCGGCGCUGCGGGGACUGGGCGCUGGCAGGCGGAGACGCGCUGCGACUGCCUCAGAUCCUGGACUGGUGGCGGGAGAAGAACGGCGGCUCCUGCUCGCGCCUCAUCCUGGUGCUGGACUGCGAGGACUCGCUGCCGUGGGUGAAGGAGGUGCGGCGGGUGGAGGGCCCGUACGUGGCGGUGCAGGGGGCCGAGCUGGCCCGGGGGGCCGACGUGGAGCAGCAGGAGCCGCCGCAGCUCGGGGACUUCACCGCCCAGUGGGUGGAGUACAACUGCAACCCCAGCAGCGGCGUGCAGUGGUGCCGGCGGGGCCGGGCCGUGUCCGCCGCCUACGGCGUCUCGCGCCACUGGAGCGACUACACGCUGCACCUGCCCACAGGAAGUGACGUCACCAGCCACUGGAGCCUGUUCUUCCCGCGGGUCACCUACCCCGUGGUGCAGCUGGCGCUGUGGUGCGGCAGCCUGAACUUGCUGUGGAUCUGCGGCGUGUGCCUGCGAUGUCUGCGCAGAGUCAAGCUCAACUGGUUCCCGCCGGCGGUGCUGGACACGGGGCAGGGAUUCAAGCUGGUCCGGUCCUAGCGGCACCAGCCCGGGGGGGUUUUAUCACUCCACACCGCAAAAAAUCACAAUCUUAACAAGAAUAUUUGUUUUAUUUCGAGUUAAAAUGUCUAAUUUUUAGUCUAAAAAUCUCAUUACACUUAAAACAAGAGUCAUCACUGGAAAAAACAACAAUUUUCACCUGUUUCAAGUAGAUUUUCACUUGAAAUAAGUAGAAAAAUCUGCCAGUGGAAGAUUUGCUUGUAAUAAGAAGAUAAAUCUUGUCCCACUGGCAGAUUUAUCUACCUAUUUCAAGUGAAAAUUUACUUGAAACAGGUGGAAAUUGUCAAAUAAGUUAUUUUUGUGGUGAUGACUCUAAAUGUUGAAAUAGCAGUAAAACCACAUAAAAAAAAAAACAAGACUCAUCACUGGAAAAAACAACAAUUUCCCUUAAAAUAAGUAGAAAAAUCUGCCAGUGGAACAAGAUUUUUUUGCUUGUAAUGAGAAGAUACAGGACUGUCUCAGAAAAUUAGAAUAUUGUGAAAAAGUCCUUUAUUUUCUGUAAUGCAAAAAUGUCAUACAUUCUGGAUUCAUUACAAAUCAACUGAAAUAUUGCAAGCCUUUUAUUAUUUUAAUAUUGCUGAUCAUGGUUUACAGCUUAAGAAAACUCAAUAACCUAUCUCAAAAAAUUAGAAUUUUCUGGGAAUCUUAAUCUUAAACUGUAAACCACAAUCAGCAAUAUUAAAAUAAUAAAAGACUUGCAAUAUUUCAGUUGAUUUGUAA